UUUGGCGGAACAGGACAUCUUUUUCCUCCUGGUGCCGCUUUCUUGGACGCGCGCAACAGCUGUCGCUAGUGAAAAGUGGGGUUUUUAUUUCGUUCUAUGUUGAAUUAAAGUGAUCGUUGGAGUUUGCCUAGCUUGCGUUCGGACAAAAAGCGGGCAUCGCGCAACGCUGCGUAGAUUUUCAGCCGUUUUCCUUCCUCCUGUUAGUGCGUUGUUUUUUGCUUCGUUGCAUUUCAUCUCUGCCGCUGCAACGGGCCACCGAUGUGCACGAGCUAACAGGCAAAUCCAUCCCGUCGAUUCAGAUAUCAUCGUAGAGAAACAGCGAGGCAUCAAAAGGGCGGCAUCGAACGUUAAAGAAUCCCCCAUCGCCAAAUCCUCGAGUCCUGUCGCACAGAAUCAAGAUGCCGCUGACGAACCAACCUUCCAACACCGCUGCUGAGGUGAAGCCACUUGGACGAUUAGCAACACGUUACCGGGCGGCGAUGGAGAAGCAAAGUUUGGUAAAAGGAGGAGUGGCCGGCGGAAUAAUGGAUCAGCAACAGUAUGCCGGAACCAUGAAGCGUAAAGCCGACAUCAGCCCGUUAAAGCAUGAGCACGGCACUAAACGGCUCGCUCUGGGCAAUCUCACCAACGCCGAAGCAUCCGCCAGCAAUAUUGCUUCCGGUGCCACCGGGGGCGGUUUCCUAAAAAACAAAACCAUUAACAAGUUGCAGAAACCGCUCAGUCAAAUGGUUCAACAGUUAACAAUACGCAACCGAAACAACUGUGAUGGCAAGAAACAAUCAAAGGCGGAUACACAGUCGCACAUGUACACCAAACCGGACGUCAAUGGACCAGAAAUUAAGGGUGCAACGAAAAUAUUGACCAGAGCUGCUAUGCGCCAGCAGCAGCAGCAGCAGCAGCAGCAGCAGCAAGCCCAAAGGACUCUAGAUCAUGGCACCGCCAAGGAAAACGUGCUUCCUUCGGCCGUUAACGUAUCGGAGCAGAAGCUUCCAGGACCGCCAGCACCGAAAAUGACAAAAGUGUUCGACGCAAAACGGACCAAUGUUGCCAUUUCCCCAGCAAAGCCAGAACCGAGCAAGAAGCGAUCUGAAAGAGCAUCCUCUCCAUCCGGGAAAGGCACCAGUGGUCCUGCUGUUGCCAUGGCAGCGGGACAAACAGCGAACAAAAUGAAAACUCGCCUAUCGUCCGAGUUCGAAAGCGAUAACUCGCUGUAUGUGACGGCGCUCGAUUUUUCCAACGAAGAUGCAACCGGUGGCGGUGCUGUGCGUGCCUCGGAAGCCGCUAGUAAUGCUCGGGCAAUAGCUGCUAUGGCUAAGGAGGCAAAUGCUCAAACCAAAAAGGUAACCGCUAAGGUAAUAGUCAUAACCGAGGGACCACCAGCCGGGAAUCGGAAGCAUCUUGACAAACCCGAUGUUGUUGCGAUGGAAGUGGUGAAGAGCGACAAGUCUGAGCUAGCAAUUGGGGAAUCAUGCCCCGAGAAGGGGAAGCAGGUGGUAGAUACUACAGUGGUUGAUAGUUCGCCCCGCAAACGGACUCCAGCUGAUGUCGAGGAUUUCGAUAAAGCCAACUGGAACGAUAUCUACCAGGUUUCACACUACGCGCAGGACAUCUUCGAGUAUCUGCGCGAGCGCGAAAGUUCCUACAUUGUGACCGAUUAUAUGGAGCGGCAACCCUACAUCACGCGGUUCAUGAGGAGUGUCCUAAUCGAUUGGAUGGUGGAAUGUCAAGAAUCGUUCGAGCUUAAUCAUGAGACCCUGUAUCUUGGUGUAAAGAUCGUCGACAUUUAUCUUUCCCUGGUCGUCAUUCAGCGCGAACGUUUGCAGCUUGUGGCUGCUGCAGCGUUGCUAAUCGCAGCGAAAUACGACGAGCGCAUCCCUCCGACGGUGGAUGAUUUCAUAUACAUCUGUGAUGGUGCGUACGAUCGACCGGAGCUGAUCAAGAUGGAGAGAACCGUGUUCCAAACCAUCGGGUACGAUCUUGGCAUUCCGCUGUCGUAUCGCUUUCUGCGUCGCUAUGCACGCGUCAAUCGUAUCCCGAUGCCCAUUCUCACACUCGCUCGAUACAUUCUCGAAACGAGCCUGAUGGAGUACAACACCGUACUAAUGCUUGAUUCCAAGUUGGCUUGCGCGGCCCUCUUCAUAGCGUUGCGCAUGAACAAUAAACCGGGUUGGAAUCCAACGCUCGAGUUCUAUUCAGGUUACAAAAUUGCCGAUUUUAAGGACGUUGUGAUAUCACUGAACAUGUGCAUGAUGCAUCCCAAAACAACGCUCAACACCGUGCGCCAGAAGUACUCCCACGAACUGUUUUACGGCGUAGCCAAGUGCCCGGUUAUCCCGAGCCUAGAAAAGUUAUUCGAUGGUGCGGUGCCGGCUGACGAUACUGUGUUCAAGAUGCCUACCGCUAUCUCGACGACUACUGGUGGCGCCGGCAGUUGUGGGCAGCGGGAGCAUUCGAAAAAGGGUGGUGACUGAACCCAUUCGACCAAUGUGCCGCCACUGAUGCCAUUUUUCAUAUUUUUAAGCCAACCCAAUUAACUUUCGUAACUGUGUUUUGUUUAAGUAGAUGUAUAAGUUGAACGAUUUAUGCUACAUAGCUCUUUUGACCAUUUGGACGUUAGGACGCCUAAUAUGUUCUGUAUUUACUGCAAACGAAUUUCGAAUGGCGAGUGGCGAGUUUGCCAGUCCGAAGGUUUUUGUUUGUUUUCAGAGCUCUCGUCCAAUGACUUAUUCCAAACGCAACAGAGUCGGACUGAACACUAUUUGAUAAUUGAUUUCAACACAUUCUCUGUUAAAUAAAUGUAAAAUUAUAGUCAAUGCA